UUCAGUGCGUUUCUUCUUAAGCACCAGAGACGCUAGACUCGCUUUAGACGGGGACGGCUGCUCAACCCUCAACCAUGCGUACACCAGGGAUCUUGAUAUUCGGCAUGGUCCUGGCCCCCUGCGGAUGGAUCCUAGACCUGACCAGCACGGUUGCACCCAACUGGCGCACCAUCAACAACCUGGCCGGCCAAUCUGUGGAUCUGGUGGUGGAGCAAGGAAUCUGGGACAUCUGCAAUACCUUCACAACGUCUAGAUCGCAACUGUGCAACCAACGCACCAAUGACCAAACGUACUUCAACAACCAGAUCAUUCCGAUCGCUCAAGGAAUGAUGAUCGCGUCGUUGAUCGUGACCAUCCUUGGCCUAGCGGUGGCGACGCCUGGAGUCAGAUGCUGGAGGGACAGACCUAGAUGGAUCCUGGCUAGUAUCGGCGGGCUCCUCAUCUUCUGCUCCGGAGUCCUGACCAUUAUUCCUAUUGCGUGGUACACUCAUCUUCUCAACAGCCUCAACUCCACCUCGGUCAAGAGAGACCCAUUGAGAGCGGAUGACAUUCGUGUGGGAUACUGCAUCAUUUUGGGCUUCAUCGGAGGCAUCAUGGAGGUCCUCGGCGGAUUGGUGAUGUUCGUCGGGAUCUGCUCCUGCUGCGGUGGACGGAACCGCGGAGAAAAGCCUGCAAUCAACACAGGAAGACCAGCGACCAGAACAGCGACCAGGCUAGCGGACAGACCAACGCCUCUGCCCAGGGUCAACAUACCGAGAAGCUACACCAGUGAAAGCAGUGUACCGUACUCGCAGAAGUCACUGGACGACGACCUGGACUUCCCGAGAGCCAAACCCCGGGACAGGGGGAUCGUCAACACAUCCUACAGCGGAAGACCAUACGAUGCUGAUCUGUAAAAUGACUAUCGCAUACUGUGAAUAUUAGAUUACCACUUGUGAACGCCGUGCUAGCUGUCUACAACUGGAGUGUACACUUGUUACACCAGUACUUUUGAAUGUUUACAACAGAAAGCGAUCGUGCUUUUGCCAGUUGCACUCUCAGGUUAAGUAACAUGAGGACUUUAAUUUUAGACUUGUAAAUAGCCAAAAAUGUAACUUCCAGUCGAAGGUUUGUAAUACGGCUUAAAAUCUACUCAUGCAUCUUAAUCUAGCCUAAUGAUAUUAUCACAUUAAUACUGAAGGAUUUAAGAAAAAUGAAUUGUGCAAUAUUUUUUUCUUUUGCUGCUGGAAAAAGUUUUCUGUUCAGG